AUGGUCCUCUCUGAGGGACAGGACCCACCCAUGGCCCCUGAGGACCUGUACGUGUGUGGUCUCAGCUCUGCAGAAAUGCUAAGUGUCCCUGACUCCCAUGCUAGGCACCCGAGGAUCCAGACACCUCAGGCUCUGCCAGUCUGCACCCACUGUGCCCUGCCCCGACCCCUACAGCCACACCUAGCAGCAGCCCGGCCCUGCCAAGAAGCCACGCUCCUCUCUGGUAUCCCUCCACCUGAAGAGACCCCCCCAGCUGUGGACCAGAUAUGUUCCCCAUUUCUGGGUACUCGUCUGUGGGCAUACCAGCAUGUGGGCAGACAUGUUCCAAAGCCCAUUGGAAAUACGUGUGACCCCGUAAUCUUAGGCGACUGUGAAAGUGUUGUUCGACCUAGAGGGGUCGAGACCUACCGCUUGAAAACCUCCGGUCUAGACAAAUGUGACCAGCAGAGACCUAUGUUUGCAUGGAAUCAGGAAACAGACAGGGCAAUGGCCUGGUAUCUCAGCCCCUCUUCCCACCACGCAGACUUUGAACCCUUUUGUCAAAAUAGCUCCAGAAGUGGGAUGGUUGGAGGCUGCACAUUCCUGAGGCCAGCUAGCAACUAUGGGAAACUGGCUGGUUGGCAAGUCAUCUGCCUGGCCAUCUGGGGGGUCACUUGGGGAGCCAUCAGCGGGACCAUCCUGGAGGUCAUCCGAUGGGUUAUCGGGCCCACAGUGCCAGCACACAAGCUAAAAGACUUUAUCCACGCAAAACUCAAACCCAGUGAAGAUUGCCUGAAUCUGGUAGACCAGGACUUGGCUGCCAUCUCUGACUUCCUGCAGAGCAGUGAGCUCCCUGUGCAGGGAGUGGCUAGUGGCUCCUAUGACCAGGAAACUGUCCUAAGAGGCUACUCAGAUGGCACCCUUGUUCUCUUCAUGGAUCACUUCCAUAGCUUUCAGGAACAGAAGGAAAACCAACGUGAAGUCCUCAGCGUGAUUGAACAAUGGCUGAAACACCACAAGAAAUACUCUAAGUCAGUGAGCCUUGGGCAAACCCUUGAAGUCUUACUGUCCAUACAUGGGCAGGGGAUACUCUUGCAGGUCCUUCCAGCUUUGAUCUUUCUGCCUGCAGGCUUUGGUGAGGAUUGCAGCUCCUGGAUCUAUUGGGAUCUCAAAAGAUCCAUGGAUCACGUAAGAGCAGCACUAGGCGAGUUUGCAGCCUGCUUCACCACGUUACAGCAACGGUUUGUCCAGCGGUAUCCCAGGAGAGUGAAGGAGCUGAUCCUGUUGGUCAAGCACUGGUAUCAGGAGUGCCAGGAGAAGUGGAUGACUUCCCCAUCUCCGGGGUUCUCCUACGCCCUGGAGUUGCUCACUGUGUAUGCCUGGGAACAGGGCUGCCAAGAUGAGGACUUUGACAUUGCAGAAGGUGUCAGGAUCAUGCUGGGACUCAUCAAGCAGUCAUCAUAGCUGUGUGUCUAUUGGAUAGUCAAUUACGGCUUCGAGGAUGUAACAGUUUGCAACACUCUUCUGUGCCAACUCAGGUUCCAAAGACCAGUCAUCUUGAAUCCAACUGACCCAACCAAUAAUGUGGGCAAAGAUAACGGCUCCUGGCAGAUGCUGACAGAGGCAGCUCAGGCCUGGCUGUACUCUCCUAGCCUGAAUGAUAUGUCACCUGCACAAUGCUGGGAUGUUCUGCCCAUAUCACUCUUCAUCACUCCAAGCCAUUUACUGGACACGUUCAUCAAAGACCUCCUCCAGCCCAAUGAAAAGUUCUUGGAGCAGAUCAGAAAAACUGUUAACAUCAUCUGUGAAUUCCUCAAAAACAACUGUUUCAAGGACUCAAGCACCAAAGUGCUGAAGGCUUUCAAGGGAGGAUCCACUGGCAAAGGCGCGGCUCUGAAGUAUGGAUCAGAUGCUGAUAUUGUAGUGUUUCUCAGUCCUCUGAAGAGUUACCACUCCCAAAAAGAGGAGCGCUCACUGUUUGUCCAGGAAAUCCAGAGGCAAUUAAAAGUCUUCCAAAGGACCCAGGAGCUGGAGGUGAAGUUUGAGACUUCAAAGUGGAUGGCCCCCAGGGUGCUGAGCUUCACCUUGAAAUCCAGGAGUCUCAAUGAAAGUGUCAACUUUGAUGUCCUGCCCACCUAUGAUGCACUAGGGAGGAGUCAUCUGCAUCCUGGCUUCACCUCCAGACCCAAAGCCUACAAGGCUCUCAUUGCAUUAUGUAAAUCAUCAGUCAUCAAGGGGGGAGAGUUUUCCACCUGUUUUACAGAGCUUCAGAGUGAGUUCAUUAAAUCCCAACCCACCAAACUGAAGAGUCUGAUUCACUUGGUCACCUGACAUCUCCACUCUCCCAAUCUGUGUGAAAGGAAAAUGAAGCCAAAAGCAUCCUUGCCCCCAAAGUAUGCCCUGGAGCUUCUCACGGUGUAGGCCUGGGAGCAGGGCAGUGGCAUGAAUAAUUUCAACACUGCCAAAGACUUCCGGACCAUCCUAGACCUGGCCAUCAAAUGCAAGCAGCUCUGCGUCUUCUGGACAGUCAACUACAACUUCGAAGAUGAGCUGAUAAGGACGUUUUCACUGACCCAGAUCCAGAAAAAGAGACCAGUAAUCCUGGAUCCAGCUGAUCCCACAGGCCACAUGGGAGAAGGUGACCGCUGGUGUUGGCAUCUUCUAGCCAAAGAAGCAAAUGAGUGGCUUUCCUCCCUCUGUUUUGAACUACAAAGUGGAGGCUUAGGGCAGAGAGUGCAGCUAUGGAAAGUGCCAGUAAGAAAGUGGACCCCAGGAAGCUGCAGAGCUCAAAUCUACCCCACCGUGGGUAUCUGA